CUCGAAAAUUCACAAAGUGACACUAGCAUGGCUACACAGUUAGUGAAUAUUCCAUCUUUCAUCUCUAACACCGGUGUUAAACUUUUUAAGAAACAUGUCAUCAAAUAUAUCAUCCAGUUCCGAUACAAUCUCUGCAGAUUGUGAAAGCACCACAGAUUCAGAAAUUGUUGAAUGUUACUUUGAAUACGUUGAUGGUGUGCCAGUGCGAGCACAAAGGUUACCUUCAAAACACAAUAAGCAACAUCCUAAAUCAUUGUUGCUUGUAAAUGAUACUAAUAAAAUAGCUGAACCAGAUGAUGGUGGAAAGAAAGAAACUGCUCGACUCCAAAAUAACCUCCAGGAUAAGAUUGAUGAGAAAUCGGAAGGUUCUAAGGAACUUCGUAAAUUUGUAACAGAACAGGUUAAAGAGGUUGCUAUUUCCUUCAAACAGAAGGAAAUUAAAAAUGAUUCAGGAAGUAUCGAAGGUGAUAUUUCUAAUGAGCCCUCCACUUCAUCAUUUAUUGAAAAUUAUUCAACGAGUUCACAAAAUAAACAGAAACAGAAGCGUGGAAGGAAACCAAAAAAUCUUUUAUGUGAUGAUAAACAAAGUGAAGCAAUUACAGAUUAUAAUGAGGUUGAAGCCUGCAAUUUAAUGAUGCUUGCCAAUGUGGCGCUUAUGAAAGUAGAUGAAGAUGAAAAGAAAAAUCAAGAGCUAAAGAAAAUUCCUAUUUUUAAGCAGGAAGUUAAACGGAAACGACGCAAAAUCAAGGACAUUAUAAAAGUAGAACCAGGUGAUACCGAAAUCCACAAAGAAAUUUCACAAAAGGAACUUGAUGAACCGCUUUAUUGCCUUUGUAAUCGCAUUAGUUUUGGCGCAAUGGUUGAAUGUGAAAAUGAAAGUUGUUCAAUAGAAUGGUUUCAUUUCGCAUGUGUUGGCAUAAAAAAGCCACCGAAGGGAAGAUGGUUCUGCCCAAAAUGUCGAGGAAAGAAAUCGAACGCUUUAAAAAAGGAACUUCUUGCUUAAAAAGUCUUAUUUUCAGUAGAGGAAAUUAAUUUCAUUAUUCGAAGAAAAAGGUGCAAAGAAGAAAAAGAACAGAUCAAACUUUUACUUUAAUUUAGUUAAUUAUAAAAACUAUAUCAUUCUGCUUUUAAUACUCAUCACAACAUAAUUUUAUACAAGAAAUGUUCUUUUACAAUUAUUAGAUAUUCCUUUUCUCACUUUUAUAAAGACAUCAAAACUUCCUAUAUGAGAAUUCUAAAUAAAUGUUUAAGUUAAUUUUGAAUAAAAAUUAAUUGUUUCUUAAUU